AGACUUUUGCAUAGGUAAUGACAGUGUACCAGUGUGGUUGUUGCCUGCAGGUAGCGAUACGGGUACACAGAUCGAGAGGGAAAGGUAAUCUGGACGACCAAUCGAAGCAACUUACCUUCCUUUCGGAUAACUUAAGUUUGGAUUUAACCUUGAGUUGGAGACUGCUCAAGUGUAUCGGAAAGAACACUGUAACCUCAUCAUCCUCUGAUGGACUAAUGUAUAUGCCCCCAUAUGUAGCUUACAGUUACGUGAACAUUGUACAAGGAGCCGACCACAUGAAACAACAUAAACAUUCAACGAUGAGGCUUUUUAGCACUACCAGCGUAUCCGGGCACCUAUCACGUUGUUCAAAGCUCUUUCGGUUAGCGCAAUACAAAAACAGCAAUACAAUGAAUGCAAUUUACAUACUGGUUCAAGUGUGCAUAGUUUGGAGACCAGUUUCAUCUUCACACUCGAUGUUCCCGCCUGAACAGGACUGGUCCUCUGUUCCAGAUCUAGACCCACGUCAGCCUGGAUAUGUGGAUGAUAUCUACCCGAGCAGUAUUGACCUAUGCAACGGCUCUGUAGAAGCGGAGGCGGUCAUAAGGAAUGCACGGAAAUGCUCGCGAUUGGACUCCUGUUCUCAACGAUGCGGGGAGGCGGCUCAUGGUGGUGACGACUGUUCUUGUGACUCCAACUGCUUAGUUUACGGUGACUGUUGUUACGACUACGGCGACCAGUGCCAGUCUAAUUCUAAUGUGACCAGGAUUAUCCCAGCGACUGCGGCCGUUCCAGUCUGCAUUAGGACAUCGGAAUAUGAGUUCGGGUUAGUCUUGGGGAAAGGGUGCUCGGCACAGUGGAAGGGGACUGAGAUGGAGAAAAAAUGCUUUGAAAACAGCAGUGUCGUAACACACGUUAUUCCCGUCACUGACGUCACAAACCAACUCCACUACGCAAACAUGUUCUGCGCUAGGUGUAAUGACGUCACAAAUUAUACUUUUUGGAGCGCCUCCUUUAUUUGUCAGAACGACAGUGAUUUUGUUGCCAACGUCACAGACCCUUUACUGGCGUUCGAACAUAAUUUGUGUGACUUAGUCCUACAUGUAUCUGAAAUGAGACGCUGUAUUUCCAGCGAAGUAGUUGUUGACUGUCAACCAGAAAGCAGUUGUUCAACACAGAUACGAGAUGCGUGCAAGACGUACAAAAACAUCGUACAGUCCCAUGAUAAGGCAUACCAGAACGAAUACUGCGCUAUAUGCAAUGAUGAAAACUUAAUAAGUAUGCAUUGUCCACGGGGCGGCGAUUUUUUACCUGACAUUACCUAUGAAAUUAUUAGUCCCGGUAACUCUGAGGAUUUGACAGGGAGUAACAGGCCGUCUUUUGGUUCUUUCUCGUUCUCGAUUGUCAUGGACUUCAGUAAAGAUUCGAAGGUGCAAGUUGGAGUCCGUGCCGAAGGGACAGAUGAAGUCACAAAAUGCACACUGGACGGGAUGACUUCAUCUUGCAUUCCAUCCCAGUGCCGGAGGGACUAUGUUCUUAUUGACGGCACGUGCGUCCUAGGUGUCGUAUUGUACGACGUGGAUAUUUACACCUACUGGAAAACAAAUGUUGGUUUUCAAGAUUUUCCAUCUAAUACUGAACUGAAUUAUUUUGGACAUACGCUUAGUUAUUUCGUAGCCGGUCUUUAUGGAGAAAAAGUGCGAGGUGCAGUCACUUUUGAAGUGGUUCGUAAAGGGUGGGGUUCGUUUCAGGUGCAAAACGGAUUUAAACUGCAGUUUGACGAAACUGUCGAUCUUAGAAAGACUGAGGAGGAAUGGAGAAAAGAAACACGAAAUGAAUCAUUCAGAAAUAUUCUUGCAUACUACGUGGAUUUUGUCAACUCCACAAUUUCUCUAUCGCUCUAUUACGAUCCGUAUUUGUUAGAUGAAGCUUUGACUAGGGAGAAAGCCAUCGACGAAGUGUUGAUCAUUGCUGAAACAGAUUGUGAGCGCAUACGUUUCGAUAGUUACAACACGACAGAAAAUGGAAGUAUUGUCCUCUUACCCUCAAUGACAAUGAUUAAUGAAUCCGAUGCAUACUACGAAACGGAUGGAUCGAUUCUUGUCUGCCUAGAUGUGCUUAAUUUUACGGUGGUCGGUUCAAAUUGGGAGGACGAAACUGUCGCAGACGAUUCAAAGAAGGCGCUGGGAAUCUUGACGAUCGUCUGUACUGUUAUUUCCCUUCUUUGCUUGCUCAUACGCAUAGCUUUGCAACCGUUUGCACGCCCGUUUCAAACUUUCCCAGGAAAACUUCAACUGUGCCUUUGUUGCUCUUUGGUCAUGUGGAAAAUGUUCUUCUUAGCUCGACCAUUUGCCAGAUCAAGUGGUAACGCCAGCGCGUGCAUCGCGGUGGCUGUGUUAUUCCACUGGAGCUUGCUGACCUCAUUUUUCUGGAUGAACGUCAUCGCUGUUGACUUGUGGAAGACUUUCAGAAGCACCGCGGCUUUGAAAGUUUCGGCAGAGGCCAACAAGACUAUCCUCGGUUAUGCCUGCUACGCGACUUUCCUCCCGGGCGGAAUUGUUGCAGUUUGUCUUGUUCUGGAUUACAUCGACAUAGAUCCCCAGUUUAAGCCGAACUACCAAGGCCCCGCCUGCUACAUAAGUAAUAUCUACCCACUCGUCUUGUUUUUAGUGGCCCCAAUCGGCGUCGUACUUAUUGUAAAUAUCAUCCUUUAUGCGAUGAUUGCAAAGUCCAUACACGCUGCUUUAUCUACGUCUCUAAAACUCAAUAUGAGAAAGAACAAACACUCUUUUGUAACUUAUCUGAGGCUCUUUGCGCUGAUGGGGACGACCUGGAUAUUCGGAUUUCUGUCUGGAGGACUUGGCAUUCUUGCUAUGGAAUAUAUCUUCGUGAUUCUAACAACCCUGGAUGGCUUGUUUAUUUUCAUAGCCGUCGUCUACUCUAGGCGGGUUUGGGAGGAACUUCGACACUGGAAGUGUGCCACGAGAUCAAGCACGCCUAAAGUGACGCAGAGCUCCAGCAGCCCGUAUACCUGUUCCGCAACCCCAACAUCUUCAAGUACGGCAGAGACCCUGCGAUCUUCAACUAACUGUGGCACAGAAAUAAGUCAAGUUUGACUGAGAUACCACAUAAGUCAUUAAACAAACAGUUUACCUCGUUUGUCUGUCGAACAAAUUUAGCGUGUUGGCAAACUCGAUAUAUAGUGAGAUAAUCUGAACGACGUUGACGAAGCGAUGCACUUUAUACCCAUAGGUGAGGUUUUAUUUUGAGAGCUUAAGGGAAAGAAGAGGGGUUUACAUUAAGUAAAAAUGGAAAUAUUGAAUUUAGUUAAUCAGGACAUAGAAUGUUCGAAAAUACAGGAAUACUGUCAUAAGACAUUUUGUGGCUGAAUGCAGAGGAACUGUUCAUUUUUUAUACAAUUUAUGUUCUGAAUAUUUUUUCUUUUAUC